AAAACACUAGAGGAGGAAAUCUAUGCUCCUCCCCUCCCCUCCCCUCCAUCGACUCAGUAGUCGUUAAUAAGACAUAAAAAAAAAAGACAAGCAAAGUAACGGAACUACAGCUCUAGAGAGACAGAAAAAAGAAAAAGAAAAAAAAGAAACAGAAAUGGAUCAUCAUCAUCAUCAGCAACAGCAACAGCAACAGCAGCAGCAGCAGCAACAACAAUUGCUUUUACAACAACAACAACAACAGGUGCAUCAUCAGCAGCAGCAGCAGCAGCAGCAGCAACAUCAACAACAACAACAAUUCCUCCUGUUACAGCAAUUAACAAAACAAGCCCAACAACAACAACAAGCUGCUGCUAUUUCUCGAUUCCCAUCGAAUAUUGAUGCCCACUUGCGUCCACCAUCUAUUCAUCGCCCACUCACUCUUCAACAACAAAACCCUAACCCUAACCCUAACUCUAACCCCAACCCCAACCCCAACCCUAAUUUGCAGCAGCAUCAGCAGCAAGGUUCCAAUUUGGGGCAAAAUGCGCAGCAUUCACAAAAGCCGCAACAGCAGCAGCAGCCACAGCCGCAGCAGCAGCCGCAGCAGCAGCAACAGCAGCAGCAGCAGCAGCAACAGCAGCAGCAGCAGCAGCAACAGCAGCAGCAGCAGCAGCAACAGCAGCAGCAGCAGCAGCAGCAGCAGCAAAAGGGGAUUCGGCCUCAGGUGAACCAGGUGGAGAUCCAAAUGGCUUACCAGGAUGCUUGGCGUGUUUGUCAUCCAGAUUUCAAGAGGCCAUUCGGUUCUCUUGAAGAUGCCUGCGAGAGAUUACUGCCUUACCAUGUAGUAGCAGACUAUGAGGCAGAGGAGGAUGAUAGAAUCCUUGAUUUAGACACAACAGGUCAGAUGCCAUCUCGUUCGCAGCAGUGGGAUCAUAACAUUGCUGCUAAAGUUGCUGAGUUCACAGGCACAUUUGAGAAACAGGCCUUAGCCUUCAACAUAAUAACCCGCAAGCGUUCCUUGGGGGAAUUCCGAUCUGAAGAGAGAUUGAUGAUUGAACAGGCUCUUCUCCAAGAGGAGAAGCGACUUUUGCUCAAUUUGAAAGCUGAAAUGGAUGCCAGGGAGAAGGCCAGUCGGGAGGCUCAGUUAAGAAUGGCGGCUAUGUUUCAGGCCGAGCAAGCUCAGGCAGAAUCACAUGCUCAUGCUGAAAUGAUGUCUCGGGCCCCGAUAAGGGCAAGUGCACUCGGAUCGCAAGGCAACAGUGUCCCGAUUGGUCAUGACAUGGGAGAGCAGGAGCAUGGUGUUAACCCAGAUGAGAUGAUGAAUGGGUGGGGAGGCAAUGCUCCGAGAGAUGAGAAAGAGCCUUCUGAAGAUUUCUUGAAUGAUGAAGAAACUGAAAAUGGGAACACAGCAGUACACAGUGAGUGGAGAGAAGUGGGAGAAUUUGAUCUAAACACUAGAUGAACCAUGCAGAAGUAUUGGCUGGAAAGAAUGCUGAUAGUCGGUUUCUAUCUUCAUGGGAUGAGAAUGACUGAAUGACACCUGAUUUGUGAUUCUCUUUCUGGAAACUAUAUCCAGCUCCAAGGCAACUGGGUAAUACAAUGUUGUAAUUUCUGAAUGCUAAUGUUCUUCCAUGGCCUUGUAAGGCAAGCUUGUUCAAAGCACUUGUAAGAAUCACCUCGAAGUACCCUCGUGUAUAUUUAAGGGGGCAACACUAUUUCCAUGUUUCCAAUAAUUUCAGUGAUUCUUAUGGAAAAGGUUGGUGUUUCUGUUUA